AUGCGACGCAUAACAAUAUUCAUCAUCAUUCUGAUGUUUUUCGACGACGCCUCGUCGAUUUCGACGUGCCCACGACAGUGUAUUUGUCAGGAACACAGUAUUGCGUGCUCCUGCGAGGAUUCUGAAAAUCGCGAGCUUAUUAUUUCAUCGCUUGGCAGCACCUAUAUAACCUCGCUAGUCAUUCAUACAUGUGAUAAAGUGACAAUUUCAAACGCCAGUUUUUCUGGUGUCGUUCUCGUCGAGCGACUAUCAUUUAUUGGAAUCGACCGCCUAUUUUUCGAGCCCAACGCGUUUAAAGACAUUCUACAAAGCCCUCGGCAAUUGGUGAUCGAAGAGACCACCAUUCCGAAUUUGGCGCCAUUCGCGUUCGCCGGCCUCUCGCACAUCGACCAUUUAUGGUUUCGCAACUCGAAAAUCGGCACCAUCGCCGCCGAGGCGUUCCAUUUCCUCACCAGCGUCGAUUACGUCUAUUUCCGGCGCACCCACAUCGAGCGAAUCGAGCGGCGAGCGUUUAGCAAAAUGUACCAAAUCGGCAACGUCUAUUUCAAAGACGCGAUUCGCAUUGGGACCAUCGAGUCGGAGGCGUUUAGCGGCGCGCAAAUCGAUGAGCUCGUCGUCGACGACGUCGCCGUCGUCACCGCCGUCGACACGAUGCUCAUCAAUGUCGACGGACGGUCGGUGCGGAUCACCAACUCGUCGAUCUAUUUCGUGCCGCGUCUCGCCGCCAAUUUUCUCGAGUUUCACACGCAGAAUGUCGUCGAAAAGUGGGUGUCGUGGAGCAAAUGCGAAAUAUCGCAAUCUCGUCUCAAUCUUCUCGCGCCCGCCAAAUUUGGGUGCAUUUCGCUGAUUGUUCGCCACUCGCAAAUCUCGAAAAUCGACUCGAUCUCAUUGAUAUCUCGCGACCUCGAGGUGAUCGGCGAGAAUGAUGGCGGCUAUUCGCGAAGUCUCAACUCGCUCACCAUCUUCAAUUCGAGCAUUGAGGCGAUCAAUUCGAUGGCGUUCUCAAAUUAUUCAAUGGAUUUGAUUGUGCUCAAUUCGACGCAGAUUGGCCGAAUCAAACCAAUGGCGUUUGAGAAGUCCAAGAUAAUUUCAAUUGUGUUCGAAAACUCGAAAAUUGAUGUGAUCGACUCAUCGGUUUUCCAUAAUUCCAAAAUUGGAACUAUUAAUUUCGAGGCUAUGGAUAUCCAAAAAAUUUCCAGCGAAUUUGCUCAAAAUUCCAGCUUGAAUCGGCUUCAAAUUCGAAAUUCGAACAUUUUUGAAAUUGGCGCCAAUUUAUUCGAAGGCGUUCGAAUGCAGAGCUUCGAAAUUUGCGAUUCAAGAGUGCACGAGUUCGACAAAACGGCUUUAUAUGGAAAAAAUGAGAUCACCUCAAUCUCGAUAACCGGCUCCGAUGUGUCGACCAACGGCUCAUCGGCCUCACUGCUGAGCGCCAACACCGCCGAGCAUCCGACGCGCUUCACGCUCGCCAACAACACCAUCGAUUGCGCGAGCGCCUCGUGCUCGAUCAACUCGUUCCUUCUCAACACACCCAAGCACACCAAUCUGCUUUGGCGCGUCGCCAACAACAAAUGCCGUCCGCCAAUGGUGCAACCGUGCCGCGCGCCGAAAUUCGUCGCCCAUCGCUCGAUCGUGUGCAGCGUUCGCGGAAUGGUCGCCGAGUGCGCGUGCAACAAUGAUGGUCCCGCAACGCUCCGACUCGACGACGGCAUUUUCGCCAAUAACGUCUCGAUGCUCAUCAUCGGCGAUUGCGACGCGCUUCGCGUCACGAGCUCGUCGACAUCCAAAGUCACCCAGCUCUACAUCUUCAGAACGAUCAAGACCGAGCUGGCGCAGCUACCGGCGAGCCUCAGAGUCCUACAAGUCUAUCAUUCAAGCGUGCGGCUUGUUGGCGAUGGCGACUUUGCGAUGAAUUCAUGGAAGCUUUGGCACUUUGCCAAUUCGCAUUUGGAGCGAAUUCGUCGAAUCGCGAAUCUGAGUCUUGAGACGCUCAAAAUCGAGCACUCGCGAAUCGGCACGGUACCCGAGUUGCGCGACUCGCGAAUCGCGCGCCUCAUCAUCGUCGCGAGCCGCCUCGAAUCCACCGAAUCGCUGUUCGCCGUCACCAGAAGUUUGGAAAUGCGCGAUUCGGCGAUCUUCUCGACACCCAAAGGUCUCGGCACGAUCAACAGCGCCCAACUCCAGAACAACACGCUUCUCGAAUGCUGCCGUCAUCCCGUCGUCGAUCAAAAGUGCUCCAUCUAUUUUCAUGGGUCUCGAUGCGAACAAGAAUCGCUGUCGCUUGCGCACAAAGCCGCCAAUUCGAAAUUCUCAAUGAUUCUCGCAAGUUUUGCCAUAAUUCUAGUGUUCUAG